CAGUAAAGGCUGGAGCCGAAGCCUCUGCGGAUAUAACGCUUCAUCGCUGCUAAGGUGAUGAGUGGGAUUAUAUCAUGUCUGAAGUACAGGGAACACUGGAGUUUUCUGUAGAGUUGCACAAGUUUCACAAUGUGGAUCUCUUUCAAAGAGGGUUCUACCAGGUACGAGCAGGGCUCAAAGUCUCACCUCGGGUGCCCCACAGGUUGAUAGUGACAACACAAGACAAUGCAGGAGAAUGCAGCUUCAGCUCUGCAGGGGUUUACGACGGCACCGUGUUCAGCCGGAUCUUUCAGAUCCUUUACAGAAAUGAGGAGAUUACGGUGAAUGACUGUAUGAUCUUCAAAGUCCACCUGCUAUUGGACGGAGAAAGGGUGGAGGAAGCCUUGAGCGAGGUGGACUUUCAGUUGAAGCUGGAUCUUCAUUUCACCGACAAUGAACAACAGCUGGCAGAGAUAGCCACUGUCCCGCUGAUCAGCAGUCGAACCCUCAGCCUCCACUUUCACCCACGGAGAGGCCUCCACCACCACGUCCCUGUCAUGUUCGACUAUUUCCACCUGUCCGUCAUUUCUGUCUCCAUACAUGCUUCACUGGUUGCCUUACAUCAGCCGCUAAUCAGCUUUGCACGUACAGGGAAGGGCUCCUGGCUGGGGAAGGGCUCGCCAGAGAGCCCGAGCGACCCAUCUGCCAUGUCUGUAGAGAACCUUGUGUUUGGAGCUGGCUACUGCAAGCCUGUCAUCUCUGAGGGGAGCUUUUAUGUGCCCAGUGAAAACUGCCUGCAGAGAGCUCACACGUGGCACCGGAGGCUCUGUCGCCUCCUGUUGGUGGCACACAGGGGCCUGCACACCUACCACUCUGCACUGAUGAAGGAGAUCCCACAGCUCCAGCAGACUCCACUCGACUCAGAGGUGCUGCCUGUCGAAGAGACUCUAAAUCAGCUCACAAUAGAGUUACAGCUGCAGGAAGGCCACGAAAGGGUCGCAGAGCAGAUCAGCAGGGACGUGAGCCAGCUCUGCUCCCCUGCUGCCCUGUGGAGCCGCUUCCUAGAGGCCGCUGUGCUCAACCCCCACAUCCUCUCCUAUCUGGCCCAGGAGCACCACACGCUCAGGGUCAGGAGGUUCUCAGAGGCGUACUUCUUCACGGAACACCCCAAAGAGAUAUCUCUGACAUUUCAAGAGGAACUAAUCAAUAGACAUGGCCAGAUAGCUGGAGAAGUGCGGAGCUCAGACUACCUGACCAAGAUGCCUCCUUUACCUGUUGAGUGCCUGGACAUCGAUGGAGACUGGAACAGCCUGCCCAUCAUCUUUGAGGAUAGAUAUGUGGAGUCUCCUCAGACAGAGUGGGUAUCACGUGUGCCAACCACUGAUGGGCAGAUCAACUCAGGUCCCGCCAUCCCUCAUGCAAAUGGGAUUUUUGAAAGAGGCCAGGGAGCCACUUCACCAGCAAAACCCCAGGAUCCCUCAGACAGUGAUGACUGCAUGGACCUGCCCACAUAUGUCUCACUCAUGGCAGAGCAGAGUAAGACCAGUACCAACAUCAGAAGUACACAGAACCUUAAUCCUACUGAGGAUGGUAGUGAAGCGUCUUUAGCAAAGUUAGAGAAUUUGAAGGAACCAGAGGAAAAACCAGAUCAGGAUGAGGAGAGAUGUGAUCCAGGUCUGAGGCAAAUCUCUAAGCCUUGUGAUGUGGAUCCAUCGGGAGGAGAAGCAGUCUUGGCUCACUCCUUGAACAACAAUCUCCUCACUGACUCUAAUAACAUCAGUGAUGAGUCUCCUGCUCAUCGCUUUACAGAAACUACCGUUCUAAUUUGCAAUGCCGCUAAUGACAGCAAUGCACGAGAGAGUGAAAUCAAUGAUGAGGAGUCUGAUAUUGCCAUGCCAUUAAAUCACUCCAUGGAUGAUGAAAGCGAGGACCUUCCUCUAACCAGCUUACCCAUUGCUCAUGCACAUCCUCCCUUCCCCGGUGAUCUCAGAAGAGAGAUGAGCCACCGUGGAGGCCUGGUCGGCUCCAAGAUCAUGAAGCGCUCAUCCUCAGUUAUUUCUGACUCAGGUAUUGAGAGUGAGCCCAGCUCGGUGGCCUGGCCCCUUGAGGCCGCGCUGCGAGGUCGACCUCCUUUAGACUUCUCCAGCGAACGGGAGAUCCCUCAGCAGAUAGUGUGUCGCCACCCAGUCCACCGAAGCUCUCUGGAGGGCCUGCAGAUGGAGAGCAACGGUAGCCUCCCAAGUGGAGGUAUCCAGGCCUCGCUCACAUCUAUUAGCUCCCUGCCCUAUGAGGAGGACCAGCAGCAGAGGCAGCUCAGCAAACUGACAAAGUCGGUCUCUGCACCGCAGAUAAGCAGCCCUGAAGACACCGAGGAGGAUCAUAUGCAGCUCAAUCAGGACACAGAUACUAAAAGCAUAGUGCUACACCAGGAAUCAGUGAAUCUCAACUGCUCUUCUUUGAACAGCAACACGGAUUCGGCGCAGUCUGAUUCAUCGCUAUUAGAUUCAAGUUCAACGACAAAUUUUGGCCAUAUAGUCAAGGAGAAUAUUAGCUUUGAAAAGUCACAUCCUUCACAGUACCUGUCAGAGACAUACAGAACCAAGUCAGUGUUAAGUGAUGUGUCUGAAGUGUUGCUUUUACAAGAGUCUUUUGAGAGCCCUCAUGUGAAGGAAAGCACUGUUAUUGGCAGCCAGGGGGAGAAUAUGAACCAUCAAACACACAUCAGUGGAGUGAGCGCCUCAGUGGAGGAUGUGCAUCUCGUUGAAACGGAAGCAGUGCCCUGCAGCUGCGGAAACAAACCAUGUGUGCAUAAAAGUGCGGCAGCUCAGGAGAGAAUUAACACUGGAGAUGAUUGCCAAAGUUUCCAUCAGCCUGAACUGCUUGGUGUUGAAGGCCAGGAGUGUUUGGAUCCCUCACGAACACCUCUGGAGCCUUUGAGGCUUCACACCAAUGACCUCCCCAGCAGCACUAUUGCACAGAGGCCGAGUGACCUCACAGGGCUGAUAGCCAAUAAUAUCGCAUCACCUGUUGACCUCGAUGAUUUAUCAGCCAACGAGAAAGAGCCUUUAGACUGCCAGACUAAGCCCUCUAAGAUCCCCAACUCAGGGCUGGCCUUUGUGAAUAAGAAGAUGGUGGAGGUGGUGAACAUGUCAGUGUCCUGUGCCCCGACCUGUCUGCCAUUUUCUUCUGUUCUGAGAGACUCUCCGUCCAUCAGUGGAAUGUCUGCUCGCCAGGCUACCUCACCUAUCACCCAUCAGCCCCUGGGUUCCUUUGGCAUCAUCUCCUCAUCUUCACUUAAUCCCCUAAACAUGGACGAUGAGACCAAUGAACGAAUGCUAAACUUCUACAAAGCCAAAGAGGAGCUGCUCAAAGAGUUGAGCUUUCAGGCCAGCUUGUACAGCGACCUUCCUCUCCUGGCAUCGGAUCUGCCCUAUUUCCCCCCUGAGGAGGACGACGAGGAGUUUGAGGACGGCAUACACCUUGUGGUGUGUGUCCACGGGCUCGAUGGAAACAGCGCAGACCUUAGGCUGGUGAAGACUUUCAUUGAGUUAGGCCUUCCAGGAUCCAGGCUCGACUUCCUCAUGUCUGAAAGGAACCAGACUGACACGUUUGCAGAUUUUGACACCAUGACAGACAGGCUGCUGGAUGAGAUCAUACAGCAUAUCCAGCUGUACAACCUCACCAUCGGCAGGAUAAGCUUCAUUGGCCACUCUCUGGGGAACAUCAUCAUCCGCUCUGUGCUGACGAGGCCUCGCUUCCGAUGCUAUUUGCCCAAACUGCACACUUUCCUCUCGCUGUCGGGCCCACACUUGGGAACCCUGUACAACAACAGCACAUUGGUCAGCACAGGUCUGUGGUUAAUGCAGAAGCUGAAGAAAUCGGGCUCCUUGCUGCAGCUCACCUUCAGAGAUCACGUCGAUCCACGGAAAACAUUCCUCUAUCUCCUGAGUCAGAAACCAGGGCUCCAGUUCUUCAAGAACGUGGUAUUGGUGGCGUCUCCACAAGACCGUUAUGUUCCCUUCCACUCGGCCAGAAUAGAGAUGUGCAAAACUGCUCUUAAGGACAGGACCACAGGGCCUGUGUACACUGAGAUGAUCAACAACCUCCUGCAGCCACUCGUGGAGGCUAAAGAGUGCCGGCUGAUCCGCCAGAACGUGUUCCACGCUCUGCCCAACACAGCAAACACCCUGAUCGGCCGCGCCGCCCACAUCGCUGUCUUGGACUCUGAGCUCUUCCUGGAGAAGUUCUUCCUUGUGGCAGGGCUCAACUACUUCAAGUAAAGGUGCUAGUACUGCAGACUUGCUGAACACUUCCUGUCGGUGACUGAUGGAGCCACUUUGAGCGAUAAGGUCCUUAUCUUCACUUUGUACAGUAUAUUCAGUGUAUAUAAUCCUGAUAUCCAAGAGGCAAGGCCUGUAUAUCCAAUUUGUUAGGGUUGUUAGCAGCUGUUACAAAAAGAUCAGUGUAUUGUGACUGUUGAAAAUGCUAACUCAGACGUCUGAGUUUGACGUGUAGCCAUGCAAAACAAAA